UGCGCGCGGCUCCCGCGGUGCGAUCCGCCGCUCCUCGCUGGCACCGCCGCCUGCACUGCUGCCUCGUCGGCUACACAGUGUGCACAAGCCUCGAGACUUUGGGAGCAGGUCACCGGAGGCUCUCCCGGACUGGGCUGGAGCAUUGGUCCACACUUGUGUUAUAACUGCUUCCGAUGGCUGGCAAUAAAGGAAGAGGGCGUGCUGCCUACACCUUUAAUAUCGAAGCUGUUGGCUUCAGCAGAGGGGAGAAGUUGCCGGAUGUUGUGUUGAAGCCACCACCACUGUUUCCUGUUAUAGAUUACAAACCAGUGCCCCUGAAAACAGGAGAAGAUGAGGAUUAUAUGCUGGCCUUGAAGCAGGAGUUGAGAGAAACAGUGAAAAGAAUGCCAUAUUUUAUUGAGCCCCCUGAAGAAAAACAAGAUGAUAUUGAAAGGUAUAGUAGAAGAUAUAUGAAGGUAUACAAAGAAGAAUGGGUUCCAGACUGGAGAAGACUUCCAAGAGAGAUGAUGCCAAGGAAAAAAUGCAAAAAAGUGGAUCCAAAAUCCAGAAUGGCCAAAGCCGUAGACAAAGGUGCUUCACUUGCUAAUUCUGCGGAUGUGUUGAAAAAGAUUGAGGAAUUGGAAAAGAGAGGUGAUGGUGAGAAAUCCGAUGAAGAAAAUGAAGACAAAGAAGGAAGCAAAGAGAAAAAUAAAGAUGAUGAUGAAGAUGACGAUGAUGCAGAGCAGGAGGAGUAUGAUGAAGAGGAGCAAGAGGAGGAAAAUGACUACAUUAACUCCUACUUCGAUGAUGGAGACGAUUUUGGUGCAGACAGUGAUGACAACAUGGACGAAGCAACCUACUAGCCAUGGAAUUUCUCAAAUGCUUUAUGGAUACAGCUUCAAGCAUUUGGAUAGACUUUAUUUCUGAUAAGGCCUAAGUCCAUAUUUUGUGUUGUUCAGUGUUUUGUUUGGCAAAUUCAUAUCAAACUCUUCAAAACCAUUUUGCUUUUACACAUGACAUGACCUCUGCCAUGCCUCUGAUUCUGUAGUGGAGUUGUGGGGUUCUUUGGAUCUUGUUUUGUCUGGAUUUGAAUGUUUCUGAAGAGUCCUAGCAUCCUGUACACUGUGUGUUCAUACUUGAAAAGGGUCACUCUUGCUCAGCUGCUGACCUGUGGGAAAGCUGUUACUAGUCUAGUGGACUUCCACUAAUACUGCACGUGGAGCACUUUAAAAACAAACUGGAAAAUGAUUCCCCUCACCUGCUAUGUUCUAGUUUAUCACACUGUGACUGUAUAAACUUACCUGAGUUCUUAACAAGUUCAGACUUAGGACAUAUGAGUUUUAAUGGUAGGAAAGAAACAUGAACACAGCAAAAAAUAGUGACCUGGAUGAAAUAAAUUUCAGUUUACAUCUCAGCCAAAACAAAAGCUUUCAUGUGGGUGGAAGGUUAUGAAUAUUUGGCCUUGGUGUGUGAGUUAAUGUUUCUACUGUAAUAAGUUUGACAUCUUCAAUUUGUUGAGUUUAUUGGGGGGAAAAAAACCAACCUGAGACAUGCUGUUUAAUUCUGGACUUUAUGCAAGUUGAAAUAAGUCCUGGUUGUGUAAAACUUGUGAUAGAAUGAUGUGUGUGUGUGUGUGUGUGUGUGUGUGUGUGUGUGUGUAUGAAUAUGAUGAAAUGAUUGCCCUCCAAUGUAUUUCACAAGACUCAUAAACUUCAAGCCAAUUAUAUAGUCGUGUAAAAUGAACUCAGGUCAUCUUGAAAUUAUGAUUGAUUCUUCUUGUUUUAACUUACAGGAUGACUACCCUGCAGUUUUAUAUUUUGCAGGAGAAAAAUAUCCACAACACUUCACCUCUGAGGACUUUUAAUAUGCCAAAGAUUUUCAAGAAAAUUCACAGUGUACAUUUUUAAAUUGAUAUAUUAAAAUUAUUGACCUAAAGGAGGAAAAUCAUUUUUUCUCCGCAGGGGAGACUUGUUACUUAUUACCUUCUGUCCAGAACCUGGAGUCCUGCUUCUUCUCAGGAUCAAGAUAACCCGGAAAAUGAGCUUAAGUUUGUGUGCCUUAGUUUCUCCACUUGUAAACAGUUCCCUUUAAAAAUUGUUUAAACACUAGCCAGAAUUUACCAAAUAUGCAGUCUUUUACCUUAAAGAAACAAUCAUGUCUUAACUUUGAUUUUUGCUUUGUAAGCAGCUGUACUGUGGAAAGUGAAAUAGUUGUGAGAAACACUGUCUUGUUAUAAUCCGAUUUCCCAGUCCUGUACCUGUGUUAGAAAUCAUAGUUUCUACAGUCUGAAAAGAUUCCAGCAUUUCAUUCUCAGGAGAAGGAUCCCUUUCAGUAGCAAUACUUAUAAUGUUUCCAGAUGGCUGUGAGGGCCCACCUUGUCAGUAUAGUGCUGUGGUGAACACACGUGACUUUAAUCCAGUUCCCAGGAGCUGAUAAAAAUGUUUUAAGAUUCCGAACAGAAACAUGAAGUCUUUAAAGCUUCAGUGUGUUCAGAAAUUUACAAGAAGUUUGUAGUAAUGAAGGCAAAUUGUGUUAUUUGGAAAUAAUAGGUCCUAUGUUUUCUUACAUUUGGUACCAGAGCCAAAUAACAUGUAAGUCAUAAACAGUUUAUUUCAUAGUUCUGUCUCCUUCCCUUGUUACAGAUGUGCAGAUAACUGUUCAGAUCGGGGACAGGCAUUGGCAAUAACUUCUUCCCUAGUUUCCAGGGUGUCUUCACUCUCGUGUUCCUGCCAACGGGAGGGAAGAUGCUUUCCAACAUUCUUUAUUCUGGGAUUCCCAUCCCUGUGAAAGAUAAGUUUACAACUUUAAACAUUAAUUUUGAGAAAGGAUAGAAUUUUUCGGGCAGCUUGACAAGCAUAAGUCAUGUUUUCUUUACUGCUGAGACUAUGAAAUUGCUUUGUAGAGACACCUUCUUAAAGGUUAAAUAAGCGUACUUACUGGGACUAGUUGGUGAAAUGUCUUUAACAUUAUGCUACCAAAUAAAACUAAUUGGUACAAUGAUGAUUUUUCUGUAUUUGUUUACACAUGUAAAGUUUAAAAAAAUAAAAUUUUGGCCUUAAUACCAA